GCAAAGCAUUGUGGGAUUGUAAACCGGCUAAAAGCUUCUCGAAAGAACCGCAAAGAUGAUGCCCACACCGGUUAUCCUGCUGAAGGAGGGGACAGACACAUCGCAGGGCAUUCCCCAGCUCGUCAGCAACAUCAAUGCCUGCCAGGUGAUUGCUGAGGCUGUCCGGACCACCCUGGGUCCCCGGGGGAUGGACAAACUGAUGGUGGACAACAGGGGCAAGGCCACGAUUUCCAACGACGGCGCCACCAUUCUGAAGCUCCUCGACGUCGUCCACCCUGCAGCCAAGACUCUGGUGGACAUCGCUCGCUCCCAGGACGCCGAGGUCGGAGACGGCACCACGUCCGUCACCCUCCUGUCCGCAGAGUUCCUGAAGCAGCUGAAGCCGUACGUGGAGGAGGGCCUCCACCCUCAGACCAUCAUCAGAGCCUUCCGCACAGCCACCAACCUCGCCGUCAGCAAGAUCAAGGAAAUCGCCGUCUCUGUGAAGAAGGACGACAAGCAAGAGCAGAGGCAGCUGCUGGAGAAAUGUGCCGCCACAGCGCUGAACUCCAAGCUGAUCGCCGGGCAGAAGGAGUUCUUCUCCAAAAUGGUGGUGGACGCUGUCGUUUCUCUGGACGAGCUGAUGUCUCUGAAGAUGAUCGGCAUUAAGAAGGUCCAGGGAGGAGCCCUCGAGGAAUCCCAGCUGAUCGACGGGGUUGCCUUCAAGAAAACCUUCUCCUACGCCGGCUUUGAAAUGCAACCUAAACGCUACGACAACCCAAAGAUCGCUCUGCUGAACGUGGAGCUGGAGCUGAAGGCAGAGAAGGACAACGCCGAAGUCCGUGUGAAAUCAGUGGAGGACUACCAGGCCAUCGUGGAUGCAGAGUGGAACAUCCUGUACGACAAACUGGAGAAGAUCUAUCGUUCAGGAGCCAAGGUGGUUUUGUCCAAGUUGCCCAUCGGGGAUGUGGCCACCCAGUACUUUGCCGACAGGGACCUGUUCUGUGCCGGCCGGGUGCAGGAGGAGGAUCUGAAAAGGACCAUGAUGGCCUGUGGAGGCUCCAUCCAGACGUCUGUAGGAGCUCUGACGGAUGAUGUCCUGGGACAGUGUGAGCUGUUUGAAGAGGUCCAGGUGGGAGGAGACAGGUACAACUUGUUUAAAGGCUGCCCCAAGGCGAAGACGUGCACCAUCAUCCUGAGAGGCGGAGCCGAGCAGUUCACCGAAGAGACGGAGCGAUCGCUGCACGAUGCCAUCAUGAUUGUCCGCAGAGCCAUCAAGAACGACUCCAUCGUGGCAGGAGGCGGGGCCAUUGAGAUGGAGCUGUCCAAGUACCUGCGGGAUUACUCCAGGACCAUCCCUGGAAAGCAGCAGCUGCUGAUCGGAGCGUACGCCAAGGCCCUGGAGAUCAUCCCCCGACAGCUGUGCGACAACGCCGGCUUCGACGCCACAAACAUCCUGAACAAGCUGCGCGCCAAACACGCUCAGGGCGGCGUUUGGUACGGCGUGGACAUCAACAACGAGGACAUCGCCGACAACUUCACCGCCUGCGUGUGGGAGCCGUCGAUCGUGAGGAUCAACGCCCUGACGGCGGCGUCGGAGGCCGCCUGCCUCAUCCUGUCUGUGGACGAGACGAUCAAGAACCCCCGCAGCAGCAUGGAUGGACCUCCAGGGGGCGCCGGCAGGGGGAGAGGGAGACCACACGCCCACUAACCGCAAGAAUACACCACCCCCCAUUUUAAAACGGUAAAAAAUCCAAACGCAGAUCGCAGCGGAUGGGUUGCCUUAAGAUUUCUUCAUGUUCAUCUGCGUUUGGAUUUGAAUUCUGCGUAAAAUGAGUCGCCAGUCGCAAAUGUGGCAAAUGGCUGAAAAAAAAGGAGACGUUCGUUAGAUUCUGUGGACUUUUUGACGUUUCGUGUUUUGUUUUUCCAUUUGCAUCUUUGACCCGGUAAAUAAAACAUUUCAAGCAUCUGCUCUCCUGCAGUCCACCUUCCUGAGUAAAACAGGCAUGGAUUAAAAAAAAACCCAGUACAAACAGCAGCUCCCCGUUUAAUUUUGUGACUCAGCCGCCACCUUCAGGCCAGCUUAGCCUCUGAGACCCGAUGGUACCCGUCAGAAACGUCUUGCCUGGUUUUGUUUUGAAGCACUGAAAAGAUGUCGAGCAGUUUGGGCGUGUUUAUUGGCGGUGCAGUGUGAAGUUAUUUAUUGGGCCACUCAUCAAUAAACUCACAGCUGAAUGA